CUUUGACUCUGUUGAUGUGUCGUGAUUGUCCAAUUGUAGAAUAUCAAUAUUUUGGGAUUUAUGAAAUAAAAACUGCAAUUUCUAAAUUAUUAAACGUAUUUAAAUGCUACAAAAUAUAUUUAAUCUUUCAAUGAUAAGUUCUUGGACAUUAGGAACAUGGAAUCAAGUAGCUCCACUUGUAACUAUGGCGAUAAUGAACACCCCAGAAGCAUUAUACACAUCGACAUAGAUUGCUUUUACGCUCAAGUGGAGAUGCUUCGCAACCCUGAACUACGUACAGUGCCACUUGGAAUUCAACAGAAAAACAUUAUUGUGACCAGUAAUUAUGAGGCUCGAAAUUACGGUGUGCAAAAGUGUAUGUUGGUCUCAGAUGCGUUAAAAACAUGUCCCAACCUAAAACUGGUGAAUGGUGAGGAUCUCCACGACUACAGAGCGGCGUCAAAUAAAAUUUUCGAGUUGCUACAAACGUGGAAGUGUCCAGUUGAGAAAUUAGGUAUGGAUGAAAACUUCAUUGAUGUCACAAAACUAGUAGAGGAGAAAUUAAAAUGUGUUCACAUUGAAAGUGUCACUCACAGCGGUCACAUUUACAAUGAAUCUGGCAUAGAAUGCCUGUGUGGAUGUCACACUAGACUGAAGGUAGCAUCACAACUAGCGAACGAAAUUCGACAGAAAAUAUAUGAUGAGUUAGGGUUUACAACAUGUGCUGGGAUUGCACAUAAUAAGUUACUGGCCAAAUUGGUCUGUCCACUACACAAGCCUAAUAAUCAGACUACUAUAUGCCCAGAACAUGCUACAGAGUUCAUGUCGACUCUGCAGAGUGUCAGAUUCAUUCCAAGUAUUGGUUUAAAAACUACUGAAACUCUCAUAUCUCAUAAAAUUAUUUCCGUGACUGACUUGCAGCAGGUGCCCUUAGAUAUUUUGAAGAAACAUUUCAGCAGUGAUAUGGCAGUUAGACUGAAAAACUUAAGUUUAGGGGAGGACAAUACUCCAGUGAAACAGACAGGCAAGCCUCAAAGCAUAGGUCUAGAGGAUAGCUUUAAAACUGUGAGUGUUAAGAGUGAAGUGGAAGACAAAUUCUGUGCAUUAUUGCAAAGGUUACUCAUUUUGGUAAGGGAAGAUGGACGCAUUCCAGUUUCAUUAAGGGUUACUUUACGUAAGAAAGAUGCAAAAAGGCUGAGUAGUCACCGAGAGUCAAGGCAGUGCCAGAUAUCACCAUCAAUUUUUAUAAUUACAAAUGGCUCUCUGACAGUAACUAAUGUUGGGCAACAAAAGCUAAUGACUAUUAUAAUGAGAUUAUUCAAUAAGCUUAUUGACUUAUCAAAACCAUUCCAUUUGACAUUGGUAGGGCUAGCAUUCACCAAGUUCCAGGAGCGCAUGACUGGUAGGAGUUCGAUAGUGAACUAUUUGAUGAAUGAUAUUUCUGUGCAAUCUGUUCUCAAUUUGCAAAAUGACUGUGAUACAUCAGCCUCUUCGAUGGAUUAUUCAGCAGCAUCACCCAGUAGUAGCACUACCACAGAUUUAUCUGAUGCUGAAGUGGAACCAUCACCUAAAAAGCCCAAGAAAGUUACAUGGAUAGCCAAAAGACGGUGCCUCUCAAAGGAAGAAGUUGCAUCUCCGAGUAAAUUGAAAGUUGGUGAACUGAGAUUAAACUCCAAAGAGUUGGAGAAAGUUUCAGAACUCAGGCUGAAUUCUAGAGACCGUUCCCUGACUCCUCGAGCCAGUCCUGCUAAAGAUAACCUUUCUGAUGCAUCAGAUACAAUGAAGGAUAUUGCUGAAGGUGGUAACUGUGAUGAUUGUCCCAGUUACGUUGACAAGGAAGUGUUCAAUGCUCUCCCCGAUGAGAUGCAACAAGAAUUGAAAGUAAUGUGGAAGAAUCCUACCAGUUCAGGAAUGACAAGAAGUAGUCCAAGAACCAUGAACAAAGCAAAGCCCAAUACACUUCUUAAAUAUUUUGUUCCACACAAAUAGUAUUAGUAAGAAUUUAUCUUGUUAAUUAUUUUAAGUGAUAAGUGAAUGGUUUCUAUUUUUUCAAAUCAUACAAUUUUUAUUCAGCUGAUCAAAUACAUGUUUAUGUUAAAAUGGCAGUUUGAAUUUCAC